CUUUGAUCCACAAUGCAUGCAACUCAAAUGUUUGGAACGGCAUAUGGAUGCGGAUGCUAAUGCUUCUUCGAGAUAAGAUAUAUAUCAGGCUAGUGCCUGUCCAUUGCUUUCCUCCUACACAUAAAUUUUCUCGCGGCACUUUAAUUUUGGAGCCGCCGAAGGAAAGCGCACCAAAAUGUCGGGUCUUCCUCAGAAGAACGACUACGAAGAGGAGGUGCAAAGGCACCAUGCAUCUCCCCAAGAAAUCGAUCCAGAGAGCGGAGUCAAGCGUGGCCUCAAAACUCGCCAUUUAAGCAUGAUGGCUCUGGCAGGAAUUAUCGGGCCAGGUCUUCUCGUCGGCUCAGGAGGUGCACUUGCAAGUGGCGGUCCAGCUUCGUUGUUGAUCGGAUUUGGAGUUAUUGGAAUCAUCGCAUUCAGUAUCAUGCAAUCGCUGGGAGAAAUCACGACCCUCUACCCAAGCGGAGGAGCAUUCACCACUCUCGCUGAUCGAUUUGUCGAUAAGGCUUUUGGUGUCGCUGUUGGCUGGAAUUAUUUCAUAAUCUGGGCUGCCGUUCUAGCCAAUGAAUAUAAUACCGUCUCAGCAAUAUUCGUCUUUUGGAGCGACAAGGUCCCAUUGUGGGGCUACUUCUUGAUAUUCUGGUUCUUCUUUUUGGCUUUCCAGCUUCUGGGCGUCGAGACGUUUGGAGAAGCUGAGUUCUGGCUAGCACUGCUCAAACUCAUUGGACUGGUGGCAUACUUUUUCUUCUCCAUCGUCUAUGCUGCAGGUGGACUGAAAGGCCAAGAUUCAGCACUAGGAUUUCGCUACUGGCAUAAUCCUGGUGCAUUUGCAGACGGUUUCCGAGGUGUUGCCAAAGUAUUUGUCUUCUGCUCAACCUUCUAUGCUGGAGUUGAGUCUGUCGCUGUCGCUGCCACAGAGACCAGGAAUCCGAGACGUGCCGUUCCCCUCGCUAUUCGCCAGGUUUUCUGGCGUAUCAUCUUUAUUUACAUGGGAUCGGCUUUCUUCUUCGGACUUACUUGCCCUUCAAAUGCUGAGGGUCUGAUCAAGGGCGGCAGCAAAGCGCUCAAGUCUCCUAUGACGAUUGCCAUUCAGAAUGCUGGCUGGGAAGGAGGAGUGCAUCUGAUCAAUGCUUUUAUCUUCGCAACUUGUCUCUCGGCUGUCAACAGUUCUAUCUACAUUGGAUCUCGAACAAUCUUGUUUAUGGCGCAAGAUGGCAAAGCACCCAAGUUCCUGGGGUUCACAGAUAAGCGAGGCGUGCCAAUCUACGCCAUCGUCUUCACAAACCUAUUUGGUGCCCUGUCCAUGAUGAACGUCAACACAGGAGCUGGAGCAGCUUACGGAUACAUCGUCAACCUUAGCGGUGUUUCUACUUUCCUUGUCUGGGGAGCCAUCUCGUUCAUCCACAUCCGAUUUCGCCGAGCUUGGGCAUUGCAGGGUCGCAGUGUUGACUCACUCCCAUUCAAAUCGUUCCUGUAUCCAUACAACGCUUAUUUCGGCCUCAUUGCGAACAUCUUCCUUGCAUUCGUGCAAGGCUGGACAACUUUAUCUCCUUUCAAUGCUGGGAACUUUGUGGAUGCUUAUAUUCUCCUUCCACUCUUCCCAAUUAUUCACUUUGGGUACAAGUUCGCUUACAAGACGACAUACUGGAACCUGAAUGACAUUGACCUGGAUUCCGGUCGGAGAGCGGAUCUGGAUGCGCAAGUUGAGGCAGAGUAUCUUUUUGGCUCGGAGGAUACAUUGGUGGGCGCGAAACAGCCGUUGUGGAAGAGGUUGGCUAGAAACUUUUGAAUUCUAUGCGCUCAGGUCUCGCUUAAAUUAGAGAAACACCAACCAAGUCUGAAAUGGCUCCUGCGAGUUUCAAAUUUCUCAAAACUAUCUCUAAUUGAAUAUCAGACCAGAAAGAUCAUUUCCUUU